AUGGACGGGGAUGAUGGCAUGCCGCCGUCAGAACAUUCUGGGACGCCGUUUUCGCAGUUUGAAGAGGACCAAGAACAGGAGGACCUCCUACGGGAAGAGAUACCGGAGGAGGCAGGGGAAUCGGAGUUGCCCGAAGGUGACGAUCAGACAGACAUUGCCUUGCUGCCGAAUGACUCGGAAUAUGCCGCUAACACCAGUGAGCUGGAAGGCUUCGGAACUGAGGUAAGGACUACCGAUAUGGAGCUGGAGGAUUCGGUUGAUCCUGAGCUUGACAUGGUCGGGGCGGAGGUUGCUCCGGUCACGAAACCAAGUGAAUCUGUCGAGGAGCUUCCGCUUACGGCGCAGGCUGUGGACAGUGAAUUGGCGGAUGUGAUGCCGGAACGUGAACAGCCCUCUUAUGGUGUACAGACUCAACUGGAUGUCGAGGACAUUACAGAGGAGUCUUCACAACAACCGACAGCCGAGAGUUCAGAAGUAGAAGCACACCAGUUGUCUCCAAAUGAAUAUAUAGUGUCCGCUGAUAUUGAAGUCAGUGUUUUCGUUACAGUGCAGCCAAUGGGGUUUCAAGUCACCGUGAAAGCACCUGGGGGGAGUAGAGGCGAUGUUUAUUCAGGAUUUUUGUAUGAGUGCAUUGCCUCGCGGUUUGGUGUACAUCCGGAGUCAUUGCGGCUUCGAUGGCGUGGAGAACGACUUCGGUUUGGUGUUACAGUUCCUUAUGAAGCAGGUCCAGGUCCGCGGGAGGGGCGGCUAUGGAUUGAUGCCUUCUUCAAUGAAGGGAUGAUACCAGAACAUCUAAUGUCGAUUGAGAAGGACAACCACUACGUGCGUUGUGUAACGGUGCGUGCGCGUUUGGAGCAAAUCGGACCUUCAGACCUCAUUUCUGCCCGUCGUCGCGGUUUAACUUUUGACGAGGCCAUUAAUGAGGUGCGGGAAAGUACUAAGCCUCAAAACUAUAUGACCAUAUCUAUUGUGCAUGAUCCAAUGGGGAUUCGGCUGCCUUUCCUGGGUGGUUAUCGCCUAAAGAAGGAUCAUUCCCGAAUAUUUCGUCAUGCUGCCACACAACUUUCUUCUCCUGGGGACACAACUUUGGCUGAUUUGCAGUAUGGCCCUAUUGUACGGAAUAGGGUGUCAAGAAAAACUCAGACUUACGGGGUCUCCCGAAGCACUCAGACGCUUCGAGAGGGCCGAACACAGACGGCGCGUCCGGAUUACGAGGUGGACGAGAAAUUUGACGAGGCGAUAACAGCAAAACCUUACUUCUCCUCCCAAGAGCUUCUCGCUUUACAGUCGACAAUGAUUGUUGUGAUACAGAAAAUGUACCGGAAGUGGAAGGCGCGAAGGGUCUUCCGCGAGGUUGCUGCCUUGCGUCAGGACUUCCUAAACAAGGCUGCACAGCAGGCUGCCGAAGAAGAAGCCGAGAAACGCCGCCGUGAGGAGUUUGAACUAAGGCGACGAGCGGUUCCCCGGACGGCGGAUGAUUUCAAGACACUCCGGAAGGAAUUAGAGGCGUGGCGCGCGGCCGAAGCGGAGCGUAUUUUGGCUGAUACUAGUCUUAGCGAGGCGCAGAAACGCACCGCGCUCACCCAUCUCACGAACAAGGAAGUCAAAUUACUCAGAGAGCUGGAGACACUUCGCGGCACCGUGCUCAACAACCGGCGCAUGCACCGUUUCGAAACUAUCUUACAAGCGAUGACGUGUGCCAAGGAUUGUGGGCCCGUGUCUGUCACCACCCAGGCUGCUGAGCGGGCAUGCGAACUGCGUCAACUCUACGCUUCUUUCACUGAACCACCAAAAACGGUCGAGGGGCGUCUUGAUAUCCUUCUUCACGUUAAAUGGACUGUGAAGGAGUUCGAUGUGCCCCUUACUCGCCAGAUAGUAGAACUUAUUGACCGUGAAGCCGAUCUCCUGCAAAGGGGUCGCACUAUGUGCUCACUAAAAGGGCUUCAUACACGUCUAGAGAAUUUAUUGAAGCGUUUCAUUGCCACCCCAGAAUAUAACCCCGCCGUCGAGGAGGUGGUAAGAGGUCCAAAAUUUGGUGUCGCCGACGGCCUCGACGCUCCGAAAAUUUCGUCCUCUCGACGUUUGAAGCCGUCAAACGUGCUGUGA